AUGUCAUGCGGUGCUCUCACUAUAUCCCAACGUCCACUUGACCCUCAGCACGAGGAUGAGCGCGAUCUUCGAAUAUACUUGAUCAUGGUCAAGUUCUAUGAUACCUCCUUCACUUAUGACUACCCAUUUUCCGCCGUCAGCCUAGCUUACUUUCUCCGCUACCCCAACCCCUUCGCUACUCACGUGCUCUCAACUGAUGUCAUAAGCCGCCAUUUUGACCCGGACAAACAACAGCUGAGCACGACUCGCCUGCAGCUCAAAAAGUCCAAAAUCCCGCAACCGAUUCUGAAGAUACUGCCGAAAGGCAUCCUCGGCAGGGGCGGCCAGACUGGUCAGAGUUUUGUCUUGGAGACAAGCUUGGUAGAUAUCAAGGAAGGAUGGAUGAAAACAGAGUCAAGAAACAUGGAGUGGACAGGCAUCUUGAGUGUGAUAGAGAGACAGACGAUCCGGCGGCCACCGAGGGCGCAAAUUGAAGAGCAAGCAAAAGGUGGCGACUUAGUGGAGGCGAUGAAAAAUGAGGACACAGAAGUCAAUGCCACAGUCACACUGGUGUCGCGAUUCGGUCAAGCGAGGAUGCGGAGGAGACAAGAAGCACGGAACGCGGCCAACAGUACUGAGUCUGAGGAGGAAGCGCCACCUAAGAAGGGAUUCUUUGCGUCUUGGUCAACAGCGGGACUGCAGCGCACUAUCGAGACGUAUGGCUUGCAGCGAACCCGGCAGUCAUUUACCAAGAGCACAGAGGGGAUGAAGGUUGUACUCGACCGGCUUCGUGGUGGUGGUCUCGUUAGAGUUCUUGAAGGCAUGAAGCAGGAUGGCCAGCCCACACUUGGUCAGAAUGGAGCAUGGAAAGAGACAUGGAGGCAAGGAAGGGAAGAACAGGAUUCAUGA